UUACUUUGUUCUGCAUUGGCAGUACUGUUUGACAAAGGUGAAGAAGCAAGCAUCGACAUCGAUAUAAAAAAAAAUAAAUUAUUAAAUAAUUAAAUAAUUAUGGAGGAACCACGCAGUGACAAAAUCUAUGGAGGAUGUGAGGGUCCAGAUGCCAUGUAUGUAAAACUAAUCUCUUCAGAUGGGCAUGAAUUCAUUGUGAAAAGGGAACACGCUUUAACCUCUGGCACCAUCAAGGCUAUGCUCUCUGGACCUGGCCAGUUUGCUGAAAAUGAAGCUAAUGAAGUGCAUUUCCGUGAAAUACCCUCACACAUUUUGCAAAAAGUAUGCAUUUACUUUACCUACAAAGUACGUUACACAAAUAGCUCUACAGAGAUUCCAGAAUUCCCCAUUGCCCCAGAAAUUGCUUUGGAACUUUUGAUGGCUGCAAACUUUUUAGAUUGUUAGAAGAAUAUCUCGAUGUUUUGUUUUUCUUUUCAUUUUUUUUUUAAUAUAAACUCAUACAAUUACGGAAUAAA